CGUCAGUCGUUUGUGAAACUCUUCUGAUAGAAGAAUGUCAUAUAUAUGGCUAAUGUUGUUGUUUCUACAACUGUUGGUUCUUUUCAUGGAAUCAAUCGAGGCAGAAACAUUUCACUGCUGUGAUGGAAUUUUUUGGUUUCCGUCAGCAACAUCUGGAAAAUGUCCUGAUGGAAGAUGGGCUGCAUCUUGCUGCAUAUAUGGAUUUUGCAAUUGGGAUUGCUGUUGUUACUGUUACUCAAGCCCAACUCGUCAAAAAUGCAAUGACGACUACCAAGCCAUAAAUCCGAUGUGUGCUGAGCUUGAGGAGGAGAAGAGGAAAAAGGAGGAGAAUAAGAAGUUAGAGAGGGAAAGAGAGGAGCAGAAUAGAAAAAGGCUGGAGCGCGAAAGACAGGAGCAGAAUAAAAAGAGGCUGGAGGAGGAGCAAAAAAGAAAAAAUUGUGAAGGACCUGGAGUCUCCGAAUCUGACAAAUGCCAAUAAAUCGGCAAUAUAUCGGACACUUUGACGCUGAGCUGUGACGCAGUGUAAACCAAGCAUAAGUUCUGUAUAUAUUUUGAAAAUUCCGUAUAUAUUUUGGUAUGAACAUAUCUUAGAUUUUAAGAUUCUCUUAAUUUUAUGAAAUUUAUAUACUUCUUUUCUGAAAUCGAAGUAAAUACCUAAAUCCAGA